AUGGGGGAGCGGCCUGAGAAAGCCCACAGUGGGGGCAGGAGAUGUGAGAUGGAGCCUCAGAGAGUAGCUUUGCCCAAGGUUGCAGAGCUGGGAAGUAGGGAAGAGCAGCUACGGGACAACAACAACAACACCAACGACAACGACGACGACAACGACGACGACGACGACAACAACGAGGAGGACAACAACGACGACAACCACAACGACAACGACAACAACGAGAAGGACAACCACAACAACGACGACAACGACGACGACGACGACGACAACCACAACGACAAGGAGGACGACGACGACAACAAGGAGGACGACAACAAGGACCACGACGACGACAACAAGGACCACGACGACGACGACUACAACUACGACGACGACGACUACCACAACGACGACGACUACCACAACCACAACGACAACUACCACGACGGCGACCACGACGACCACCACCACCACCACGACUACCACGGUGCCUACCACUGUCACUACCACGACAACCACCACAACCACAGAAAGUGCAGCUGUCCCAGAGCCGCCAGUGUCCACUGCUGUCACCCCGAGCCCGGUUCCUCUCUUGUACCCUACACUUGUCCCGUCCCUGGUUGUGAUCCCGUUGCUGCUUAUCUGCAUCUGCUGCUACAAGAGGGUCAUCAAGGAGCCACCAUCAGCCCAGAAUCCAAAAAAACCAUGCCCUGUACAGACCACAGUGAUUGUCUCCCGCUGUGAGUGCCAAGAAGACAGGAUAAGCCAGAUGGAGGGAAAACUGGAUGUUUUUUAUAACUUUCUUCAGCGCUGCAGCCUGGUGCCAUUGAUGUGGUGUCCAUCCAGGGACAUGGGGAGGUGCAUCGACUAUGCCUUAGUGAAUCCUCACUGCCUGCCAAUGCUCUAUGGCUCAGAGACCUGCCUUCAACCCAGUCAAGAGUGCCUCCCCCUCGAUGUCUGCUGCUCACGUUGUCAACAUCCCCCGCCGAUAUGCUCUCAGCCACCAUCCAGGAUGCUACCGCUGAUCCCUCCCCCAGAGGUCUACAGAAGUACUAUGUCUCUCCCGCCCCCAUAGCUCAACAUCUAAAGAACUUAAAACUGAAAAUUAAGAGCCCCUUUUGUACCAAAUUAGACAUACAUAUAUAUAUAUAUAUAAUACAAUACAUAUAUUGUGUUUUGGAUUACAGUCAAAAGGAGCUGGAAUUAGUUUCUGAUCAGCAGGAGAGUUCCUUUCCUGGGGAGCACCGCUCCUCUGUAAGAGACACAACUGUACUCAUCUACCAGGACAAGACACCCUGGUAUCCUGUGGAUGUAGACAUGAUGAGUCCCAUUCCCACAAGACAGAUCUCCAUCUGUCUCCAAGGGUUGAGAUGCCUGGGGUGUUAGACGAAAUAUGCUCUUUCAAGAAAGCCCAAAAUAGCUGAUAUAUGGAAAUA